UUGAACUUUUUUGUGGAAGUAUUCAGGGUCUUUGUUGAGGUUUCAUACAUCCUCUGAGCUCUAUGGAUCCUCAUGUCGUCUUUAGCCCAAUGAAACGCUUCUGCAUGUGUUACGGUGUCAUUACGAGUCAGGACUGGAGUAAGACCGAUGAUAGAUUGUUGCAGGCCGUUGAACAGAAUGAUCCGGAAAAAGUAUCCACGCUGCUGGUGAAGAAAGGUCUCUGCCCGUCCAAACUGGACACGGAGGGCAAAUCAGCGUUCCAUCUUUGUGCAUCUCGAGGUCGGUUGGAUUGUCUAGAGGUCAUCCUCUCUCAUGGGGUGGACAUGAACGUAACGGACGGCACAGGUUUUAAUGCUCUCCAUCUUGCUGCCAAGAAUGGACAGUCAGAUUGUCUAAAGAGACUUCUUCAGGAGAGGAUGCCUGUCGACUCCACGGACAGUUUCGGGAGGACUUCCCUUCACCAUGCUGCUGUAAGUGGCUGCUUGUCCUGCACUGAGAUUUUGUGGGACUUUAAAGCCAACCUUGAUGCUCAAGAUGGAGAUGGGUCAACUCCAUUGAUCUUGGGGGCCCAGAUGAGCAGAGUCGAGCUGUGUGCCUUUCUUUUGGAACGAGGAGCCAAUCCUAAUUUACAGGAUAACCAGGGCAGAUCAGCGUUGAUGUUGGCCUGCGAGAGUGACAGCAUGGAGACUGUAGAGAUGUUACUGAAGGGCGGAGCUAACCCACACCUAACCGACGCCCUGGGACAUAACUCCGCCCACUACAGCAUCACUGCCGGCAAUCACAAUAUAACCCAGCUUCUGCAGAACGAAGGCGUGACCGCAGCAGCUGAGGGUUCGAAUGAGGAGCAGGCUCCUCCUACUCCCAAUCCCCCAUCUAGCGGAACCACUCCCCGCAAGAGGAAAGCCCCUCCUCCUCCUAAAUCUCCUGCUCAGGGCCCGCCCCCUUCUUCAGACGCCUCAAGUAUGCCACCUCCCCCUGACCCCACACAAUCACCUGAAUCCCAGAGCCCUUCUCCACCUUCUCCCGCCCCCAGGACCCAACGUCCCGCAUCUGAAAACCUUACGGAGGAUGAGGAGGUCUUUGAAGAGAUCCGUAAGCUCAGGCUGGAGAGAGGUCGCCUAUUGCAGAAAAUUAAAGUUCUGGAGCAGCAGCAGAGUAGCGCCACCACUGCCCUGGAGGAGCUGAACUCUCUGAGAGAGCGCCUGAGCAAGACUGAGGCAGAGCGUGACCGGCUGCUGGCCGAGCUGGAGGAGUUGAGAACGGCUCGGGUGAGCGGCGUGACCUGUGACUCGGAAGACGCCGAGGACUCAGAUGACAUGCUGGACUUCCCUGGAGCAGAAAAGUUACUGUCUAGGCAAUCACGAGGACUAGAUGCUGAUUCGCCGGCGGGCCGGGACGAGAGCGCCUCACAGGGGAAUCCUGCCAUGGUGGAGCAGCUUCGCAGAAAAGUGGAGGAACUGACCUCCCAGAAUGCCGAGCUGGUUCUCAAAGUGCAGAUGCUGGAGAUGUUUGAGAAGGAUGACACGGAUAUGCAGAGCUCGGGUCCAGAUUUUGUUUCCACGGCUCAGUAUGAAUCUCUGAGGAAAGAGUUUGAGGAACUACAGGAGAAAUACGCCAGAACCCAGGCUUCAACUGAAGCGUCAAGCAUUGCAGAGGAUCCUGGAUCUGAAGAGAAAGAGGAGAAACAAAACGCAAUGAAGGAACAGUUGGCCCGAGCCCAGGCAGAGUUAGAGGAACUCAAAGAACAGAUGCUCCUUGGGGUCUACUCCGUGGAGGACGCAGGAGCGAAGACUGAAGCCACCGAGAAAGGGGCAAAUUUGGACACCCAGCAGCUGAAAGCAAGGGUGCAGGAACUAGAGGCGGAGCUAUCCAUAAAAAAGAAAGAUGGGGAGAGGCUUGAAGGUGACAAUGACACCAUCCAACAGCUGAAAGAGAGGGUAAAGGAACUUGAGGCAGAUCUGCAGGAUAGAAGGAAAGAGGGAGAAGAGGAGACCGAGACAGUUGUGAGCCUCAAAAAGCGGGUGGAAGAGUUGGAAAAAGCCCUGGAGCAAAGCAAAACGGCUGAGCGUAAGGAGGGCGAGGGAGCGCCGGUGAACGGGUUGCAGACACGGGUGGAAGAACUUGAGAGGGAGUUGAAGGAUAGCGUCCCUCGAGUUCGGUUUGAGGAGGUUCAGGUCACUUUGGGUCUUCAGCUUAACCAGAUAGCUCAAGAACGAGCCGACGUGGCUGCACGACUCAACCAGGCCUUGCUGGAGCUGGAAAGGCUCCGCCCCCCUUCCCACAUAGACGAAAAUGAGGACGACGAGGACCCGUCUGAGAGCUCAGAGGUUUCCAUUGCAUCUGAGCACUCCCUGCAUCUGUCGCCGGGGGGACGGACCUUGGAGGCGAUACAGGAGGAGCUGGAAGUUGCGAGGCAAGAGGCAGCACAAGCUCUGGACAGCCUGUGUGCCGAGAGAGAGAGCCGGGCUCAUGACGUACUACAACUGAGAGAUGCAAUACCACUUGCGAAACACCAGGAGGCGCUGUCCGCAGUAGCCCAGCAGUUAGCUCAAACUGAAAAAGAGCUGCAAGCGGAGAGGGCGCUGCGUGAGCAUGCUCAAACCGAGCUCGCCAGGCUGCAAGCCGAGCUGCAGGCGCUGCAAAAAGACUCCGUUAGUAAGGAAGAACAUGAUAAAGUCAAGGCAGAGCUAGAGCUCUCUCUAGAGGAGAGUCGGAAGAUUGCGACAGCAGCGCAGGAUUCUCUGAGUGAGAAAGAGACCGAGUUGAAAGAGCUGCGAUCUCAGAAAGCUUCAGAACAGGGACUGGUGUCCAAAGAAGACCACGAGGCCCAGAGACUCUCCCUCCAGGCUGAGAUCAACACGCUGACAGCCCAGUUAGCUGAGCUAGCACGCAAGCAUGAGAAGACCUGCACUGAGGUGUUCCAGGUGCAGCGGGAUGCUUUAUUUAACAAGAGCGAGCGUCAGGUGGCUGAAUCUCAGCUGGAGACGGUUAAAAAGCAGCUGGCGGAUCUUCAGGCUGAGUCCACCCACAUCCAACAGCUGCACCAGGACAUCCAGCACUCGCAGGGGCUCGUCAAAGAGAAAGACCGCAAGAUCACAGAGUUGUCUAAGGAGGUGUUUCGUCUGAAAGAGGCUCUAGGGGCUUUGAGUCCCCCACUGGGACGUUCCCAAUCUCCACCAUCCUCAGGGACACCUGGACAACAGCUGGCACUGCAGAACCGUGUGACCACACUUACACAGCAACUCCAGGACUGGGAGCGCAAACACAAGGCUGUCGUUUCUAUAUAUCGCUCUCAUCUAUUAGCUGCUGUACAGGGUCGGAUGGAUGAAGAAGUUCAGGCGCUUUUGCUCCAAAUCCUCCGUAUGACACAAAAAGGUCAAAAUUAGUUGCUUUUUAACUAAUAGCUAUACAUACCCUUGAGCCGAAGCGUAUCAGCACUGUGCAUCGUCACUGAGAGGCAUUGAAACUAUAAAUGAGAGGAUGUAGUUUUGGAACAUUUCCUGUAUACCUGAUGAUUUAUGAGGGAGAACACUGAUAAUUUUGUACCACGUUUCAAUAAACACUGAGAAUCGCU